UUCGGCCGCGGCGGAGCUGAUUGGCCUGCCGGCGGCCAAAUCCGACUCCCUGAUUGGCUGAGGGCUGUGGCGACAGCUUCCGGAAAAGGGAAGAGCCACCAACAUGGCGUCGGGGGGCGGCGCGGGGCUGCAGCAGCCGCCGCAGGAGAUGAUGGAGGUUGACAGGAGAGUUGAGUCUGAAGAGUCGGGCGAUGAAGAGGGAAAGAAACAUGGAGCAGACUUGGUCUCAGACCUCAGUCAGCAGAGCUUGAGAGACGAUCAGAACCUCGAUAACCCUGAAGAAGACUCUGAGCUGCCCGUGGACAUGGAGACCGUUCACUUGGAUGAAGAUGCCGAGGAUGUUGAUCUAAAUCAUUAUCGAAUUGGGAAAAUUGAAGGGUUCGAAGUCCUGAAGAAAGUGAAGGUAACCCUCCUGACCACCGUCUUUCACUUUGUGCCCCUCCAGACCCUCUGCCUCCGUCAGAACCUCAUUAAGUGUAUUGAGAAUCUGGAAGAGCUACAGAGCCUUCGAGAGCUGGACCUCUAUGACAACCAGAUCAAAAAGAUUGAGAACCUGGAGGCACUGAAGGACCUCGAGACUUUAGAUAUUUCUUUUAAUCUUCUACGAAACAUUGAAGGGAUAGAUCAGCUUACCCAGCUGAAGAAACUUUUCCUGGUCAACAAUAAAAUCAACAAAAUUGAAAACAUAAGUAACCUCCAGCAAUUAAAGAUGUUAGAACUUGGAUCAAAUCGAAUCCGGGCCAUCGAGAACAUCGACAGCUUGACCAACCUCGACAGCUUGUUCUUGGGGAAGAAUAAGAUAACCAAGCUGCAGAAUCUGGACGCCCUCAGCAACCUCACAGUGCUUAGCAUGCAGAGCAACCGGCUGACCAAAAUCGAAGGCCUCCAGAGCCUGGUGAACCUUCGGGAGCUCUACCUCAGCCACAACGGCAUCGAGGUCAUCGAGGGCUUAGAGAACAACAACAAACUCACAAUGCUGGACAUUGCAUCAAACAGAAUCAAAAAGAUUGAAAACAUCAGCCACCUAACAGAAUUGCAGGAGUUCUGGAUGAAUGACAACCUCAUCGAGAGCUGGAGUGACUUGGAUGAAUUGAAGGGAGCCAAGCACCUGGAGACAGUUUACCUGGAGCGCAACCCUCUACAGAAGGACCCCCAGUACCGGCGCAAGAUCAUGCUGGCCCUCCCCACCAUCCGGCAGAUCGAUGCCACCUUCGUGCGGUUCUGAGCCCUGCCCGUCCUCGCCCCCCUCCUCCCAGCAGCCGCGCCCCGGCCACGGGCUUUUUAAUCCACCUCCUCUGCUCCCGAGUCUUCAAUCAACCAACAGCUAUCAAUGGCCAAUAAAAAACCACUGAAUGAUCACACACACACACACACACACACACACACACACGUGUAGGACGCCCCCUCUUACGGUUGUUUGUGAGAUGUUAUUAUUAUUAAAUCUUGCGACACGA